UCUCUGUCGCGCUCUGCACCUUCUGCACUCACCUUUCUACACUCCAAGGAACUUUGACACCAUGGAGGGCUGCACCAAACACGGACUGUUGCUGCCCGCUUUCUUAUUAGCAUGCGGGGGGCUUCUGUCUGCGUUUAACUUGGACACAGAGAAUGUCCUGAAGCGACACGGGGACCCAGGCAGCCUGUUCGGCUUCUCUCUCGCCAUGCACCGGCAGCUUCACCCGGAGGAUAAGAGAAUGUUACUGGUUGGAGCACCACGAGCCAAAGCGUUGCAUGGUCAAAAAUCUAACGUAACAGGAGGAAUCUACCAUUGUGAAGUGAGCUCCACCUCUGAUGCAUGCACAAGAGUUGUCUUUGAUAAUGAUGAGGAUUCAAGAAGGGAAAACAAGGAAAAUCAGUGGAUGGGGGUGACCAUCAGCAGCCAGGGACCGGGAGGCAAAGUUUUAACCUGUGCCCAUCGCUACAUGCGGCAGACAAAUCCAAACUCCCCUCUUGAAUCCCGUGACAUUAUCGGUCGAUGCUAUAUAUUGAGCCAGGACCUAACUAUCGAUCCUGCUUCAAGUGAAGACGGCGGAAGCUGGCAUUUCUGUGCCAACCGAAACAGAGGCCAUGAAAGGUUUGGUUCCUGUCAGCAGGGCCUCUCUGCUACAUUUGACAAGGACUUCCACUACUUCAUCUUUGGGGCUCCAGGAGCUUACAACUGGAAAGGCAUGGUGCGUUUGGAACAAAGAAACGACACCUUUAUAGAUAUGGGCAUCUAUGAUGAUGGACCAUUUGAGGUGGGAGAUGAGACUGAGAUGGAUCCUGACCUGGUCCCUUCUCCUGCCAACAGUUACAUGGGUUUCUCUCUGGACUCUGGGAAAUAUUUGACUAAGAAGGGCCAGCUAACGGUGGUGGCAGGGGCUCCCAGAGCUUACUACAGUGGGGCAGUGGUUCUGCUAAAGAAAGGCGAGGAAUUCAGCAGGGUACUGCUUGAGGAAUUCACCCUUAAAGGGGAGGGCCUGGCUUCAUCUUUUGGAUAUGAUGUCACUGUGCUGGAUCUUAAUCGAGAUGGAUGGGAGGACAUAGUAGUAGGAGCUCCUCAAUACUUUGAGAAGGAUUCAGAAAUUGGAGGAGCUGUCUACAUUUACAUCAACAAGGCUGGAAAGUGGAACAAAGUCAAACCAAUCAGAAUAGAUGGACCUAAAGAUUCUAUGUUUGGCCUAGCUGUGGAAAACUUGGGAGAUCUUAAUCAGGAUGGAUUCCCUGAUUUUGCAGUAGGAGCUCCUUAUGAAGGCAAUGGUGAAGGCAAAGUUUACAUCUACCAUGGAUCAGCCACUGGACAAAUCUCAGAAAAAGCAUCACAAGUCUUGUCUAGCAAGUCUUCCGGAGUGAGCCUGUUUGGAUAUUCUUUAGCAGGCAACGUUGACCUGGACAAGAAUUCCUAUCCAGACAUGGCUGUUGGAUCCCUCUCAGACUCUGUCUUUAUCUAUAAAGCUAGACCAGUUAUCAACAUCCAGAAGAAAAUCACUUUUUCACCAAGCAAAAUCAACCUCAAACAGAAGAACUGUGGCAACACUUUCUGCUUGAAAGUUAAGACGUGUUUCAGCUACUCUGCUAAACCAAGCAACUAUGCUCCAAAGCUAACGGUAGCCUACUCUCUUGAUUUGGAUGCUGACCACAGGAAAAACAGCCUUGUUCGAAGAGCAAUUUUCACAGAACCUUCUGACUCCAAUAAUAACUAUGAAUCCAAAGGGACUAUUACCAUGGACACAAAAGGAAAGGAACAGUGUAUUACACGUGAGAUUGCUUUACAGGAAAACAUUAAAGACAAACUGCGGGCGAUCCCUGUUGAUGUUUCUGUGACUAUUCAAGAUGCUAAUCGUAGGCGUAGACAGAGCCAAACUUCUCAGCUUUCACCUGUCCUUGAUGCCGAUGAUGCAAAGCCAACUAGAAAAGAGGUGCAAUUUCUUAAGGAGGGAUGCGGAAGUGAUGAUGUGUGUCAAAGCAACCUGCUUGUAAAAUAUCGCUAUGGCUACAGAACAAUUGAUGAAGAUACAUUUGCGCCUUUGGAGAUGGAGAAUGGCGUGCCGGUGAUCUCACUUAGCAACCAAAAAGACAUUGCCUUGGAGGUGACCGUGACCAAUCUAAAUGGAGAUGAUGCAUAUGAAGCUUCUGUAAUUGCCAACUUCCCCAGUUCUUUGACCUAUUCUGCUUACCGCGUCUCACCAGAGGAGCUUCAAGUAACCUGCAUUGCAAAUCAGAAUGGAUCUAUGGCUGAUUGUGAGCUUGGGAAUCCAUUCAAACGCAACUCAAGGACGACCUUCUACCUUAUUCUGGGUACAGCGGGAAUCCCUAUUAGCACCACUGAACUGGAGAUUGAACUUAAGCUACAAACGACGAGUAAACAGCUGAAUCUAUUGCCUGUGAAAGCAAAGGCAAAGGUGUUCAUAGUGUUGCAGCUUUCUUUAAUGGGACAAGUCCAACCAUCUCAGCUUUACUUUACUGGGACUGUCAAAGGUGAGAUGGCUAUGAGGACUGAAAGUGACAUUGGCAGCGCCAUCACACACCAGUUCAGGGUAAUUAACUUGGGAAAGAGACUGACAGACCUAGGAACUGCCACCCUCCAAAUAGAAUGGCCAAAGUCUACAAAGGAUGGAAAGUGGGUACUCUACCUGAUGAAGAUUACAGCUACAGGGGUGGAGGAAAUAGACUGCACGCCACAUGAGGAGAACAUUCUAAACUUGGAUCCAGUUAACACUAGAAUAAGGAGAACAGUAGGAAACACCAAGGGAGGGAUCGAUUACACUUUUUCACGCUUUGUGGAUAAAAAGGAAUUUGAAACUUUGUCAUGUGACAAUAAAGCAACAUGUGUGACAAUAAAGUGCCCCCUAGGGGGCCUAGACAGUAACGCAGUAAUCACUCUGACCUCCCGACUAUGGAAUAGUACCUUUAUAGAGGACUACUCCAAGUUACAUCAUGUGGAGGUGAUUGUGAAGGCUUCGUUGCAUGUUGAUAGCAUGACAAGGAACACAAUGUUAAAGAAUGCUGAGACACAGGUGAAAAUGACAGUGUUUCCAGUGCGGCAUGCUUCUUAUUAUGGCGGAGUCCCAUGGUGGAUCAUCGUGCUCUCCAUCCUGCUUGGCCUGCUGUUGUUGGGCCUUCUUGCUUUCCUGCUUUGGAAGUGUGGCUUUUUUAAUCGUGCCAAAUAUGAAGACGAGGUUCCCAGUUACAGUGCUGUUCGUAUCACCCGGGAGGAGAGGGUGAUUAAUUCUUCAAAAGACAACUGGGGCAACCUGGAAAAGAAGCCAUGGAUGACGACUUGGCAUGACAAGGACCACUAUUCUUAACAGUAAAAAAAAAAAUUGUUUAUUGAUGGAUCAGCAGCCUUUUCUUUGGACACUGAGGACCAUUAAUAUGGAGAUACAAAUCAUAUUAUUUUGAAGUAAGUCUUAAGAUUUAAAUACUGGAUCAAAAACUUUUAUUAAGGGACUUCAACGUUUUCAAACUGUAUAGAUGGACCUAAACCAACUGCUGGCUGCUGAGCUUUUUUAUGUACAAGCAGUGUUGACCAGAGACUCAGCAGUCAGAAACUGUAUCAUAAUGUUGUUGUUUUUUUUUUACAUUUGAAUAACUUGUUCUGUUUUGUAUUUAUUCUAGUAUGGAAUAUUUUGUUUUUUGUUUAACAAGUUAAAGAGUUUUGCAUUUUACACAAAACAUAACACCAAGAAAUAUGUUCAAUUAUAAAAGCACCUUCCUGGGGCUUUAUUGAGGGUUGAACUGUUUCUUUUGCCUCAGAUUGUACAUUUUCUGUAUCUCAUUGGCCAUCAGAGAACUGUAACCAGGCCAUGUUAAAAAUCAUUGUCCCACCACAGCUCAAACACUUUUGCUGGGAAUUAAAGGUGUUCCUAAUAAA